CCGCGCGCCCCGUUGCUAGGAGCCGGGAUCCGCGUCCCCGGGGGCGCCCCCUGUCGGCCCCCGAUGGAGGCGCGCAUCGGGAACCUCGGGGGCUUCCGGCGGCCCCGGGACCGCGGAGCCCCGGGACUCAACCCGCCGCGGCCAUGGUUGUCCCUGAGCCUGGGCCUGGAGCAGGAUCCGCACCCAAGUCCGGAGCCCAAGGUCCCGGGGCGUCCGCCUUUGCCGCCCAUCCACGCCGGCCAUGCCCGCCCAGGAGGGAGGACCGCCGCCGCCCCCCACCACAAUGCAGGCCCCCCGGCCCCCUCCGGCCGCAGAACUCACCCCAAGGCCCUCGCCGGCGCCGACCUGGACCCCGUCCGACUUCACGAAGCCAACCAGAUCCUCAGGUUGAUGCUGAAGGCGCGGCAAAGCUCCCUGGAGGAGGUGAAGGGGCAGGCGCGCGUCCUGAGGAAGGCCAACCGGGCCCUGGCUGAGAGCACGCGCCGCACGGAGACCUUGCUGGUGGAUCACGUGCGGGAGCUGCUCCAGCAGCAGGACCUGUUUGGGACCAUGAUUGCCACCCUGGAAUCGUCCAAUCAGAUGCAGCUCCACAUCGCCAAGCGCCAACUGGCAGAGACGGAGGAGAGGGAGAAGGCCAAGAUGGAAGUGCUCCAACGCCAGCUGAGCCAACUGAGGGCCCGGAACCGCAAGUCCCAGGAGGAGCUGAAUGUCCUCCUCGCUUACAUGGAUCAGGACUUCCCGCUCAAGGCCGUGCAGAUAUCCGGCCUCCUCAGGCAGGUCCAGCAGCUGAAGGACGCCCAGCAGGACGAGUCGGAGGAGCUGAGGUUGAUGCGCCGGACAGUGCUGGGAUCCAUGGAGCGGAAGGCCGCGGAGGCCCAGGAGAAGAUCCUAAGACGCCUGGCCAACAAGAAGAUCCGUCCGUACGAGGAGGGUCUGGCCCAGAAGACCAAGGCCAACAAGGUGCUGGUGGAGCAGAUCUCCUACUUCCAAAGGGAGCUGACGUUCGGCGGUCCCCUUCCCCCCGGCCCCCCGCGGCAGCUGGUGGCCACCCUGGAGGAGGAAGUCCCCCGGCUGGAGAUGGAAGUGAAGACAUUACAGUCCCAGACCCCCGGACUCCUACGGGAGGAGAUCUUCCCGGACGUCCUCCUGAGAAAACCAAAGUGCGAGCCGGACACGGACGUCUGCCUCGAUUUCCCCCGGGAAGAGCGACUCCCUUUCUAGCUGGAAGACGGGACGGGGGCAGCGGACGGGACGGGGCCGGGCCGAGCACCAAUAAAACCACUUCUCUUCAC